UAAAUAGUAUAAACGACAAUAAAUUCGGUAAAAACUUUUAAAGUAAGUCAACGUCCUAAUAAGAGACAUGCGCGCAGAUAUAAAAUCUCACGACCGAUGUCAUAAUAUUCCACAGAAGCGUACGAAUAAGUAAAUAAAAUUGAAUAAUUUACGAGUAGGUUUUACCACAGAACGUCACAGGGGCGGCGAUGUGAGAUAUCAAAUUAUAAGAGGUUGUGUGCACAUGCGCGGUGGAGGGCUCCCGUCGCGGCCACCAGUCUGCCUCGCGACCGCGCUCGAAUGGGCUGCUCCACGCUACAGCGGAAUUCGAAACUCGAACGUCACGCGAAAGCAACUCUUAAAAAAUAACGGACAUUAUCAGUGUGUGCAUAUUAAAAAAUAAUUAGUAUUUUUUUUUCUAAAAAAAAAUGUAAUGUGUUUGACCUGUGGACAUGGUUGGACUAGAAACUUUUAAUUAGCGUACUUGUUGAGAUUUUUCGAGUAUUUGCGUUCAUUAUUACGGAUUGGUGUUGUGCGUUGUUUUUGGAUCAGUUUUGAAGUUUAUGUACUUGGUCCAUUGUGUAGACUUCAAGUCCUAGUGAAUAGUGAAUGUGACUGGCAAUGACAUUUGAAAGUGAACUUUUCGCCUAAUGAAGAUAAGUGAUAAAGGAGUGUGUUUGCUCUAAUGAUGUGAAAAAAAAACCAUCGUAAUGUGGCUUGCGGCGUUGGUGUGUUUUUUCUGUCAUUUAGGUAUCACAGCGGGUGGGGGUGGUGACAGUAGCGAGGAGAUCACCACAACCACCGUGGACUAUGGGCUGAACAUCACAGCGAGCACCGAGAGCGUGAUCCAGCCCUACUUCGAUAACGCUACGAAGAGAGACUAUACCGCUGCUGUGGGCCAGCCGGCGUAUUUACAUUGCCGAGUCAAGAAUCUUGGUGAUAGAGCCGUCUCAUGGAUCCGCAAACGUGACCUCCACAUCCUAACAGUGGGUGUCCACACGUACAGCAGCGACGCGCGCUUCGCCGCUCUCCACACAGACAACUCGGACGAGUGGACCUUGAGGGUUGCGCCUGCGCAGCCUCGUGACUCUGGCGCGUACGAGUGCCAAGUUUCCACAGAACCAAAGAUCAGCUUGUCCUUUAGACUCACUGUUGUUGUAUCAAAAGCAGAGAUCCUCUCGGGGCCGGAGUUGUUCGUGAGAGCGGGGUCCGACAUCAAUCUUACCUGCAUCGCCAGACAUGCGCCGGAUCCACCGAGUUUUAUCUACUGGUACCGCGGAUCCAACGUGGUGAACUAUGCUCAACGAGGCGGCAUCAGUGUGGAGACAGAACAACGCACCCGCACCAGUCGCCUGCUCAUCGCCAGAGCUUCGCCUAGAGACUCCGGUAACUACACAUGCGCGCCGAGCAGUUCAGAUUCGGCUUCGGUGGUGGUUCACGUUGUGAGUGGGGAACGUCCAGCGGCCAUGCAGAGCAACAGCAACAGAAUAGCACCACUUCCACCCCUCAUCCUAAUCUCAAUUCGCACAAAUCAAUGUAAGACAUUCUUCACCACAGUCAUGUGCUACAUUCUACUCAUGUUUCAAGAAAUCAGUUUAUACAAUUUGAUGAAAAGAAUCAAACCUCUUUGGAACAAUUUCUGUAUCAGAAGGUUCGUCACCAGAUGACCAGAUCUAGUGUCCAACGGAAUUGCAUGAAAUGCACAGUACGAAGAUUUAAAUAAGAUUUUUAAACUAGAAAUAAGUCAAACUGACGUAUAAAGAAACGAAUUAUUGUAAUAAGCAUCUUUACGACGAAAUCUAUUAAUUUUCUUUUUGUUACUGCAAAAAAAACGAACUGUGAGUGACAUUCAACAAUAAGUUUUUUUUUCAAAAGCACUGGUCGGUCGACACGUCUAGAUUUAAAAAUGGAUUUAAUAUUUUACUAUCCUUAUAAAUGUUAAUGGCAGUUCACUUCGUUCAAAAAUGGAAUGUUUAAAGCAAAAUAUGCCUCAAGUUACUUCUGAAGCGUGCAUUUAUACUUAAAAGGUUUACUUUAAGAAGUUUCGAAGUUGGAACGCGUUUUUUACUGACUCACUUCAGUUUUAUGGCAACACUUAACAGUUUACUUAUACUUAAUAUUAAUUUUGAAUUUAUCUUUUAGUAUUUACAUGAAUCAUGAACUUUCUAGGUAUUUAUUCAAUUGAAAUAUUUAUGUUUUAAAGAUGUUAUUCAGAACACUGUACAAGAGCAUAUUACAUUAAAUAUUCAAUGGAUGGAUAGAUGAUUAAUGACAAACCUAUUUUGUUACUUGCAACAUUAAUUAUUUAUGGUAUUCAUACUUUUUGCCAUUUUUGCUAUAA